AGGAUACAGUUCACAAACCCAAAGUUUAUAAAAAAAGCGUGGUGCCCUUUAAUACGCUUUUUAUUUUCUUUCACAUUCAUUACUAACACCAAAAGGAAAUCGCAGGCCGAUUUACCAAACCAUUAACACCCUUAAUAAAAUACUUUUUUAUACUGCACAAGUUCAUUUUUAAACUUUCCUUACUAAAUUAUUAUUUAAAUCGCCGUGCGGUUUCUUACAAAUCACAAAAUUUUCAAAAUUUAAACGCAAGAAAUAUAAAAAAUGGCUGCCAAGACACAAAGAAAUUCUACCAACGUCAAUAAUACUCCUACUGUAACUAUUGUUGAUUCUGCUGAACCAAGAAAAUAUAGAGUAAUGGGAAGUUGUUGUUUUUGUAUACCAGAAAUUGUUGGAGUUUUCGCUAUUUUAUCAAUGUAUUUUUUCACCGGAAUGUUUGGCGCUGCAACUUCGUUCUUGAGUUUGGGCUAUACUGAUGAUGGAUUAACUAAAGCCAUUUUGAGCGUUUUUGGUAUUUUAAAUACGUUAUUUGUUAUUGCUAGUGCUUUGGGUGUUAGUGCAAUUAAAAAGGAAAAAAUAGUUUUGAUGCAUCGUCUGUCAAUUGCCUUUUGGGUUAUUACAGCAUUAAUGAUUAUCAUAAAUAUAAUCAUUCUUGCUCUUGACUUUAAUUCCAAAGAUUCAUAUAUUAAUGAAUGUGUUUCUGCUGAUCCGAGUUCACCUAAUAGUAAUGAUGCGGAUACUAAAAACUUUUGUGAACACACUGUUAGAGCAUCUUUGAUUGGUGAAACUAUAAGAUUGAUUGCCCUUGGAUCAGUUUCGAUAUAUUUUGCAUAUGUGAUCUUUAGAUUUGCAAGAAAUAUGAAAAAAGAAGUUUUGCCUUUUACGGCUCCACCGGUUCCAAUUAACGGACAAAGUACUCCCACAUAUUUUGUCUAUUCCGCACAACCACCAACAUCAAAUAAUUGGGUUCCUCCACCUACUUAUACUGUCAAAACAAUACAUUUACCUGAUGAUUUUAAACCCGAUUCAAAGAAUCCCUAAUUAAAAAAUAUAACUGAUCAUAUGUUAUGUGCAAAUUCAUUUUAUAUGGAUAUGUGGGAUGAGUUGUUUUAUUUAUUAAAUUCAUUUGAUGCAUCAUUCAUUUUUUUUUUUUUCAUUUGCAAAUUAGUAAUUUAUGUAA